AUGACAAAGAUGGUUAUUUAUGCGCAUGCGCAGCCUGGCCCAGGCUCCCAGCUCUUCAUUUCUCCUCUAUGGUGGUGGUGGGCAGUCCUCUCUGCCAAAAUGGGAUUAAUAACAGGAUUGUGCACCUUCUUGUACCACUUACCUCAGAUUUAUAAAUGGCUGUUAAAACCUUACUAUAUCACCUCAUUCUUCAUGACUAUCGCCUUUCUGGUGGUCCGAAAGGCUCCUGGUCUGUGCGAGCACCUGGCGACCGACCGGGAGGACGGCAACUCCUGCGACUUUGACUGGAGAGAACUGGAGAUUCUCAUGUUUCUCAGUGCAAUAAUAAUGAUGAAGAAUAGAAGAGCCAUCACUCUGGAGCAGCACAUUGGGAACUUGUUUAUGUUCAGUAAAGUGGCCAAUGUCAUCCUCUUCUUCAGGCUGGACAUUCGGCUCGGCAUCCUCUACCUGGCACUGUGUCUUGCUUUCGUUAUGACCUGUAAGCCUCCACUCUACAUGGGCCCAGAGUACAUCAAGUAUUUCAGUGACAAGACCAUAGAUGAGGAGCUGCAGAGGGACAGUCGUGUCACAUGGAUAGUCGAGUUCUACGCCAACUGGUCCUCUGACUGCCAGUCCUUUGCUCCCGUCUUUGCCGACCUUUCUCUUAAGUACAACUGUGCUGGACUCCGGUUUGGGAAGGUGGACAUUGGUCGCUAUGGAGAGGUGUCACAGAGGUACAGAAUAAGUACGUCUCCUCUGGCCAAGCAGCUACCCUCGCUGCUGCUUUUUCAAGGAGGACGGGAAAUUAUGAGACGUCCAAUGGUGGAUAAUAAAGGGAGAGCUGUAUCUUGGACCUUCAAUGAGGAAAACAUCAUCAGAGAGUUUAACCUCAAUGAGCUUUUCCAAAAAUCCAAGAAGCUGAGCAAAGGCCUCGGUUUGAAGGAGGAGAACCGUAAUGAUUCUCAGCCAGAGGAGGGCAGUGAUGAGCUUCAUCAAGAGCCAGCAGAAAGCAAGAAAGACAAGUGAAGUGGAUAAUUCAGGGACUGGUAGCAUAAAAUCUUUUCCUUUUUUAAGAUAAUGUCCAUGCUCUUCAUUAAUGUAAACAUGCAGAAUAGUAUGGAAUGUAGAGAAAAAAAAAAGUUUCCACCAGUGCUGAGAAGUGUAGACAAUAUUUAAGUCUUCACUGUGAUAAAAAGCCCAAAAACAGCUGCCAGACAUUUACCAGGUCAAAUGGCUGUGAUGCAGCCUGGGUGAAAUGCAGCCAGGUAUUGAAAUCAAGCAGUUAUUUGGGUGCAUUUUAUUAUAAAUCUUAAGUUAUUUGAGAAAAAAAAAAACUUUUUUGUAUUUAUUAUUCCACCUUCAGUAUCAUUUCAUCAUUGCA